UGAUAAAAGUACACGAUUGAUGAUAUGUCCAAAGUGAUGGAAGAAACCGAAAGAAUUAAAAGCAAAGAAGAAGAAGAAAUAUGGAGCUGGGGAGCAGGAACAGAGGGACAAUUAGGAACAGGAAAACUCCAAGAUGAACACAAACCUCAACUCAUCCAUUCUCUUUCUUCUUUUGGUCCUAUUUCUCAUCUCUCUUGUGGUGGAGCUCAUGUCAUUGCCCUUACUCCUGGUGGAAGAGUGCUAACAUGGGGGAGGGGUAAUUCUGGUCAGUUAGGCCAUGGGGAGAUGGUUAACUGUUUACAUCCAAAGUCAGUAGAGUCUUUGGAAGGCGCCUUCAUUACACAUGCUUCUGCUGGAUGGAAUCACUCAGGAUUUGUUUCAGAUACUGGUUACGUAUUCACUUGUGGAGAUGGCUCAUUUGGUCAGCUUGGGCAUGGGGAUUAUAUCUCAAGAUGUUCUCCUGUACAAGUGUUGCACUUCAAGGCUAGGCAUGUCGAGCAAAUUGCUUGUGGUAUGCGUCAUUCACUUGUCUUACUAAAAGGAGAUACAGAGGAUCUUAUCUACGGAUUUGGUUCCGGAAAACGUGGUCAACUUGGUAUAUCUGAUGACAAACAGAAGUCAGUUAGCACUCCUCAAGUUACUUUGGGUUUUGAAAAUGUCAAAAUCAGGAGUGUCACUGCAAAUGGAGAUCACAGCACAGCAAUAUCCAUGAAUGGGCAUUUAUAUAUAUGGGGAAGAGCAUUUCAUGGAGCCCCAGAUGUGUAUACUCCCCGCCGUGUUACUGCAGACUUAUUAUUCAGCCAGGUCGCAUUAGGAUGGAAUCACGCUCUUGUAUUGACAGGUGAUGGGGAAGUAUACAUGCUUGGCAAGUACAAUUAUAAUGUUCCUACUGGUGCUCAAAAAGCAAACGGGAUGAAGCAUAUAUCUGAGGAUGAAGGUGUCCUGCAAAGAGUCCUCGACUUCAAUAAUACAAAUGUUACCCAAAUUGGUGCAGGAGCUGAGCACUCUGCCGUGGUAACAGCAGAUGACGGAUCAGUAAUGACAUGGGGUUGGGGUGAACAUGGUCAGCUUGGUUUAGGAGAUACAAACGAUCAAACUAGCCCUCGUGUUGUAAGUUUAUGCAAUGAACAGUCCAGCAAACCAUGUGUUGGUAGAGUUUAUUGUGGCAGUGGUUUUACAUUUGUUAUCAGGACGUAUACCUUGAAUUCCAGUUUCUAAUAUAGCGAUGUUCAGUAUUUGAAAUGUAAUUGUUCACUAUGUUGCUUAUCAAAAUAAUCAAAAGGUAUUUUCUUUAUCAA